UGUAAAGGCCCCCGUAUGUUAUAUUUUUAAUUAUUAGUGCUCUACAGCACACCGAAUGAGUCAUCAGUCGCUGCAAAAUGUCCGGAAAAUCACAUGUUGUAGACGUGCGAGUGGUCGACAUCCAGAAGAAACGCUUGCCUAACAAGCACUACGUGUACGCUGUUCGAGUGACGUGGUCUGACGGUGCUCAGUUUUGUAUCUACAGAAAGUACAGCGUGUUCUUCGAGUUUCAGGCUAAGCUGUACGAGAUGUUUCCAAAGACUCAAGAAAGCAAACUUCCACACUUACCAGUAGGGAGAUUACAUGCCCUUGUUCAGGCUCACACAGCGGCAGCAAAGAGAGCAAAAAAGAUUGAAAGCUUUUGUCAGGCGUUGAUUAAGCUGCCACCUGAAAUAUCCCUCUGUGAUGAUGUGUUGGGUUUCUUUGAAGCUUGGGACCAGGACUUGGAUUUAAACGUUGAUCGAAAUGUUAUGCAAGUAAAUCCUUACUAUUCGACUGUUGACAAAGUAUCAAAGGGGGAAGAGCACGCCUACCAGUACAUACACUUUGAUGAUGAUGAAGAUGUUCAUGAAAUGGAACAAUAUCGUGCUAACUUCACAUUUUAUGGUUUGGGAGCAAAUGAAGUCAGUUUUGAAGCAGGAGACAUAGUCCACGUCAUCGACAAGAAUGACAAUGGAUGGUGGUUGCUUCAGGUUGGCGAUAAAGAGGGCAGGGCUCCUGGCUCGUAUCUGGAACCAGUAGAUCAACUGAGUUCAGAGCCAAGGGAACAUGGACAUUCUACAUCUAGUGAUUGCUACAUUGCUGUAGCUGACUAUGUGCCUUCAGUCAGUGAUGAGGUUCAGUUAAUGGAAGGCACGGCAGUUGAAGUUUUGGAAAAAAAUCUAGAUGGCUGGUGGAAGAUUAAGAUAAAGGAUGACGUUGGGUUUGCUCCAUCGACAUAUCUGAGAAAGCUGUCACAUAAACGACAUAGUCAUACCCGUGAUUUUGCUGGGUAUUCUGUCGAUAGGUCGUCGGAUACAUAUGCUUUACCUCUUAAACCACCUCCCAGAGGAUCGAUGUUGACUAGAAGAAGAGCAAGCAGUGGUAGCUCGUAUGCAUUGCAAGAGGUUCGGAGAGACAUUGAUGUUGACAAGUCUGGAUAUGUUACUGUAACGCCAAACAAGGAUAGGAGGCAAAGUGUGCCAGAUGUAAAUAUUGUGCCUGUACCACCAAUCAAUCAAAAGAGGAAUCGAUUUCUGUCGGAAGAUAUAUCCAGUACUGAUAAUGUGAAAAUUUCUGUGGAGAGGAAGAAGAAUCCUAUGAAUAGGUCUAGGUCGGAGGAUCAUCAUUCCCAACCACAUCCCGCUCCUCGGCUGAGACGGCCCCAGUCAUUGUCUGCAGAAUGUCUGGACAAGAACGUGCAUAUUGUAAUACAGAGUUAUUCAUCUGAUCUUGAUUUUUCUGUUGUGAGUGGAGAUCAAGUCUAUUUGAACUAUACGGAAGGUGGAUGGGCUUUUGUUAAUCACCGACAUCAUUCUGAGGACACUUCACAAGGGUGGAUACCACUAAGCUACAUAAAGAAACAUGAUCACGAUGCUGCCAUAUUGCCUACAGCCACUCCUAAAGUUUUGGUGUCUGUUGAUGAGUCAGAAGAAAGAGUUGUUGCAAUUGAAAGCUAUCUACCAAAGGAUCCGACCGCUUCCCUUGGCUUCUCAGAAGGCCAGCAUGCCAUUGUAUUGGAAAAAUCGGGUGGCUGGUGGUUUGUAAGGAUUGGCUCUGAUGAAGGUUGGGUUCCUGGCGGAUUCUUUGAACCAAUGGUGACAUCACCAUCUGCAAUGGUAGAUGCUACAUAUCACCGUCCUCUUACACCUGAAAAAUCACCUCAGUCUUCACCUCUUAUGGCAAGAAAGCGUUUUACAGAUCCAGAAGUAAUUUCAGAUUUUGGAAAUGAUCUUUCGACUGACUCAAGAGACAUUAAUCAAGCAAGAGCUGGAGCAGACCAUAGCCAUUCUUCGAUGAAUGGGUCCCAUUUACAUCCAAGAGUGGCAGUUUCUUCAAGUCACUCUCCUAAUUUACCUCGAGCGAAAUCAAGGUCAAAUGUACCUUCUCCAUACAGGGAAGACCUAUCAACUGAAGUUUGGUAUCAUGGUGAAAUAUCGAGAGCUGAUGCCGAGCUGUUACUCUUGAAGCAUGGUGAAGACAAAGACUUUCUUAUCAGGGAGAGUCGAAACAGAUUUGGAAACUAUGCAAUAUCAGUGAGACAAGGAAAUAAAGUACGUCAUUUCCCUGUUGAAAAUCAAGGAACAAAGCUGUUCAUUGGCCAGCACUACUAUGACAAGAUGACAGAGAUUGUAAAGUAUUACAUGGAAUAUCCACUGUUUUUUGUGGAAGAUGAGGGCAUUUCACUCGGAGCACCAGUCAAGAAACUGUAACCUUUUUGCUUUUACUCUUUUAGUUAUCAAGUAUGGGUAUGAGGUUUAAGGUAUAAACGCUGGGGUUUUGAUGGGCAUGGGCAUGGCCUAGAAUAAUUUUAAAAGUGAUGGCAUUAGUAUGUAGAUGUUGCAUUCCUACGAGACAAAUUCAUCUUUGUCUGCUAGCACAUGCAAGCAAUAAAAAACAUGAAUUAA